CUGCUUGAGGGAAACUACUUCACUUCGUCUCCUCAGGUGCACCAAAGCUGCACAAAAUGCAAGCCACCCUGCAUUCAGCAAGAAGAAACCGGUACACUUGUGACGCAUAUUAAUUUCUGUCGUAUAAUCCUAUGGAAAGCGACUUGAACUCAUAUCCACGACUCAGUGGUUUGACAGCGUAAUCAUGCCGACUUUGAGCCCAUGAUUGAGUAGCAGUGCUCCAGGCCCCGUCUGAGCCUCCAGCAUCCCACCAGACAGCUGCAUCAUGUCUAGUUCAGGCUUUCCCCCCAGCCAGGGAUCCUUCAGCAGCGAGCAGAGCCGUUACCCUGCUCACUCAGUGCAGUACGCCUUCAGCUCCACACGCCACCCUUCGGAGUUUCCGGUACCCGACUACCGUUCCCCCCUUCAAGACCAGCAGCGCCGCAGGCCUUCACUACUAUCUGAAUUCCACCCUGGGACCGAGAGGCCGCCAGAGCGCAGACAUGGUUAUGGGCAACAGUUUCAUGCCGUCCAAGCUCAGCAUGAGCUGGAGACUCUCGAGGCCAAGCGUCUCCGCAUCGAGAAUGUAUCUGAAGCGCACUUUCCAAGGGCUCAGCCCACUGGCAUCGUACUGCCCCAUCCACAGACCAUACAGGACAGCUUUAGGACCACCGGAGAGGUCAAGAAGGAAGCCCAGUAUAGUGUGAAGGUGGAUGCCUCAUCCCCAGGAGGAGCUCCACAGGUGGGUGAGGAUGCAGACCCAUCACCCUCCAAACUCUCCAAGGAGGAGUUGAUUCAGAGCAUGGACCGCGUUGACCGUGAGAUUGCCAAAGUCGAGCAACAGAUUUUCAAACUGAAAAAGAAACAGCAACAACUGGAGGAGGAGGCAGCAAAGCCUGUAGAGCCAGAAAAGCCAGUGACGCCACCCCCUGUGGAACACAAACAUCGCAGCAUCGUCCAGAUCAUUUAUGAUGAGAACCGGAAAAAGGCAGAAGAAGCCCAUAAGAUACUGGAAGGGUUGGGGCCUAAAGUGGAGCUGCCUCUGUACAACCAGCCCUCUGAUACUAAAAUCUACCAUGACAACAUUAAGACGAAUCAGAUGAUGAGGAAGAAGCUGAUUCUGUUUUUCAAGAGGAGGAACCAUGCACGCAAACAGAGGGAACAGAAAAUUUGCCAGCGGUAUGAUGAGUUGAUGACUGAAUGGGAGAAAAAGGUUGAGAGAAUGGAGAACAACCCACGCCGUAAAGCCAAGGAGAGCCGCACGCGUGAAUACUACGAGAGGCAGUUUCCUGAGAUCCGCAAACAGCGUGAGCAACAGGAACGCUUCCAGAGGGUGGGCCAGAGGGGGACAGGCCUGUCUGCCACCAUCGCAAGAAGUGAACACGAGAUAUCCGAAAUCAUUGACGGCCUCUCAGAGCAGGAGAACAAUGAGAAACAGAUGAGGCAGUUGUCCGUCAUUCCUCCCAUGAUGUACGAUUCCGAACAGCGGAGAGUGAAGUUUAUCAACAUGAAUGGUCUGAUGGAUGACCCAAUGAAGGUCUACAAAUCCCGCCAGUUCAUGAAUCUCUGGACCGAACAUGAGAAGGAGGUCUUCAAGGAAAAGUUUAUGCAGCAUCCCAAAAACUUUGGGCUGAUCGCUUCAUUCCUGGAGAGAAAGUGUGUGUCUGAUUGUGUGCUGUACUAUUAUUUGACUAAGAAGAGUCAGAACUAUAAAACUCUUGUCCGACGAAAUUUUGGGAAUCGGCGGCGAAGGAAUCAGCAGAUAACGCGACCUUCACAGGAAGACAAGGCAGACGACAAGAACGAAGAGGACAAAUCGGAGAAAACCGAGAAGAAAGAGGACGAGGAGAAGGAAGAGGAGGAGAAAGAUGAAAAAGAGGACUCCAAGGACAUCAGUAAAGAUAAAGAGAAGUGUGAGGGAGAGGAGGAAGAGGGUAAGGAGCAGAGCAAUCCACGCGGCAGAAAGACCGCCAACAGCCAGGGCCGCCGUAAGGGCCGCAUCACCACCCGCUCCAUGGCCAAUAAUGAGGCUGCAUCUGUGGUUGCAGAGGAACCUGAACCAGUUCUGCCAGAGCCCACCCCCCCCUCUAAACCUGAGCCAGUGCAGAAACCAGCACGAGAGCCUGCGAAACCGUCUCCUGCAGCCAGCGCAGAGACACGAGGUGCAGUCGAAGCUGGAGAGACGUCUCGCUGGACAGAGGAGGAGAUGGAGAUUGCCAAAAAAGGGCUGGUUGAACAUGGUAGGAACUGGUCAGCCAUUGCUAAGAUGGUAGGCACUAAGAGUGAAGCUCAGUGUAAGAACUUUUACUUCAACAACAAGAGACGAUACAACCUAGACAAUCUACUACGGCAACACAAGGUACAGGGUUCCCGUCGGCUUCGUGGAAAUCGAGACCCAUCCCAGAGUGAUCCUGCACCUGAUGAUGAUGAGGAGAGUGAUGGUCCCGAUAACAGUUCAGACACAGAGAGUGCGCCUUCUCCAUCUCAAACUGAUCCCUCCAAAUCAGACCCUGUAACCCAUCCCAACUCUGCUCUGUACGGCACGUCGGACCAGGACGACACGGUAACCAAAGGUCCAGUGGCAGAUGCCAAGGGCCAGGAGCCUCCGUACUGUGAGCUGCGGGUGAAAGUAGAGAAGAGUCCAGAAGGAGAAGCUGGAGACGGACUUCCUCAGGAUGAGCGCACACGCUCCGCAUUUGAAAUGCAGAUCCAUCCAAAGACUGAGCCGCAGGAUUUGGAGAUGACUUCUCAGAGCAGCGAAAGAGCGCAGGUGCAAGUUAAGACAGAGCCAGAUAUCAAGGACAAGGAGGAGAAACAGGAGGAGCAGAACCACUCAGAUAAUGACUCUAGCGCCACCUGCAGUGCGGAUGAGGAUGUGGAAGCCGAACCUGACCGACAAAGACUUUUCUCUCUGGAGAAGCCGUCAUUGCUUGGCACUGCAGGCUCGGUGGUCCUGUCCUCAGCCAAAAUCCUCAACAUGCAGCAGCUACAGCAGCGAGCCGCCACCAUUCCCCCUAUGGUCAGUCCCCAUAGCCUCUACCCCCACUUAGCAUUCAUAUAUGCCCCUCUGGACAGAGACAGGGCCCAGCCACCCCGCCACGUUUCAGCUCCAUUCGGUCACAGCAACGUUCCUGUAGGACCAUUGAGUGGCUUUGCUAUGUUCCAGCACCAAAUAAAAGCUGUACAUGAGUCCGUGCAGGAGGACAAACAGAGAACGGACCAGAACGAGUCUGACCGCAGGCCACGAGUCAACACCCACAGCCCAACUGUAGUGGACAGAGAAGGAAAGCCGUUCGCUUACAUGCCAUAUGACCUGAAGCUGAUGGAGCAGGAAUCUCAUGGUGGAGUGGGCAGACCAGGCUCUCCGUACAGACUCUCUCCUCGGGAGCCUAGCAAAGCCUCACCUCAGCCCGACGCCAGUAACGCCACCCGCUACAGUGUACCUCCAGUUCUUCAGCCGGCACCAAACCAGGCAGUUCAGACUCAGAUGUCAGAUGUUCGCAUGGCUUUUCCCCGUCACAGGCCGUCCAACAUUCCGUCUCCUCCGCCCCUCAUUCACUCCAAACCCACCGACAAGCCCUCCUUCAUUCAGGGGGGCUCCAUUUCACAGGGAACACCAGGAACAUACCUUCCUACUCAAAUGCAGGCUGUGUAUGUACCGGAGGUAGUCAAGACCACAGGAGGGUCGAUCUCACUUGGCUUGCCAAGACAGCAGGACCCUGCCAGACCUGUAUCAUAUAUUAAGCAGGAGGAGUGUUCUCCACGUGGACAAAGCUCUCAGGCGGAGGGUCUUUUAUCCAGAGCUCAGUAUGAGGGAGUGGUCAGAGGACCCAUACAGAUUCCAGAUAUGAUAGGGCCACCUGGAAAAGGCCCAGAGGGCUUGACUUUCAGAGGAGGCUCCAUUACACAGGGCACUCCUGCGCUGGCUCAGUCCAAUGUAGCAGCAGAUCUGUUGAAAGGAACUAUUGCUAAACUGGCCACAGAGGACCUGAGCUGCCCAGAGAAGAGCCGAGCUGAAGCUCACUCUAAAGCUCAUGUUAUCUAUGAAGGCAAAAGCGGACACAUUCUCUCUUUUGAUGCCGUUAAGAACCCUAGAGAGGGCACUAGAAGCCCACGAAUGGGGCUCGAUCUCAAGCGCACAUAUGACAUCAUGGAGGGGUCCCGUGGACACCCAACACGUGAGACGGCACCUUAUGAAGGUUUGAUCAGCAGAGCAUUACAAAGAGAAAAUCCUCAUGAGUCUAAGGAUCGCUCCAUACUCACAGGAUCCAUCAUGCAAGGAACACCAAGAGGCUCUGCUGAAGUCUAUGAUGAGGCCUCCAAAUAUGGUAAACAGAUCAAGAGGGAAAGUCCACCCAUACGCUCUUUUGAGGGAGGCAUCACGAAGGGUAAACCAUAUGAGGGGGUGAACACCAUAAAGGAGAUGGGCCGCUCAAUUCACGAGAUUCCCCGUAAGGAGACUCAAGAUAGUCGAAAAACUCCUGUUCUGGAAGGAUCCAUUACUCAGGGUAUUCCUCUAAAGUACGAGAGCAGUACUGUGAACCCAUCAGCCAUCAAGCACAAUGUUAAAUCUCUGAUCACAAGCCCAGUGAAGAUCUCACACUCUGCCAUUGAGGCAGCUGAGCGAGAGAGGGCCAAGUAUGAGGAUGCAAAGGCGUCCGAACGUGUCCGUCACACUUCUGUAGUAAACUCCACCUCUGUCCUGCGCUCCACACACACAGAAGCGGGAAAAUCUCAGCUCAGUCCAGGCAUGUAUGAGGACAGCAAUGCACGCAGAACCCCUACAUACACCGGCACCUCCAUAUCCAGAGGAUCUCCUCUGCUACGCGGGCAAGACGGAAGUAUAGCAACAGGUAAACCAGCUUCUCAUGAGAGGAAGAACACACUGACUCCAACCCAGAGGGACAGUGUUCCUGCCAAGUCGCCUGUGUCCGGGGGUGAACCUCUUGGUUCUCACAGCCCGUUUGACCCACACCAUAGACCUGUAGUACCUGGAGAGGUGUACCGGACCCACCUACCACCACACCUGGACCCCAGCCUCGCUUUUCACCACAGAGUCAUGUUCCCGAGGCAACCAUCGCCGACUGGUUACCCCAACACAUACCAGCUGUACACGAUGGAAAACACUCGGCAAACCAUUUUGAAUGAUUACAUCACCUCACAGCAGAUGCGCCCUGAUGUCACAAGGGGACUGUCACCACGUGAACAGUCAAUUGCCAUCCCCUACCCACCAGCUAGAGGAAUAAUUGAUCUAGCCCAGAUGCCACCUACUAUCCUGUUACCUCACCCUGGGGGCACAGUUUCCCCCUCCCUGGACCGCAUCACCUACAUCCCUGGACCUCAGACCCCUUUCCCUGCUAGGGCAUUUAACCCUGCCUCCAUAUCUCCAGGACAUCCUGCCCAUCAUAGUGCCACUGCAGCUAUUGUGGAGAGGGAGAGUCAGAGAGAGAAGGAACGGGAAAGGGAGCGAGAGAGAGAUCAGAGAGAACGAGAACGUGCAGCAGUAGAAUAUAUGUGUGGAGGUUCUGAGCAACCUGGCCGUCCAGGCAGCCGUAGUUUCCUGCGUUCCACUUCACCCUCUGUGAGAUCACAGGAGGGCGUCCUCCAACAGCGGCCGAGCAUCUUCCAGGGCACCAACUCCAAGAGUGUCAUUACCCCACUCAUGCAAAUGCCCUCACAAGUAGCUGCAUCUCAACCCAGCCGAUACAGUGCAGCUGAUGCCCUCGCCGCCCUUGUGGAUGCUGCUGCCUCUGCCCCGCAGAUGGAUGUGGCGAAAGUCAAGGAGGUCAAGCACAAUAACAGUAGCUCCCGGGAUGAUGACGUGAUGUCAUCACGACGGGCAGCACAGGAGUCGCAAGAGGUGGAGCGUCGUUCAGUGCAGUCUCCAUAUGGGGACGUAUCACUUCCUAGUGGGAAACCUUCCCAUCCUGUGUAUGCAGAGGGUGGAGGAGCUGCAGGGAGCAAAGAGAAAGCCCCACCCACCAAGUCACGCAUGGAGGAAGAGCUGCGCACCCAUGGGAAGACCACCAUAACUGCUGCAAACUUUAUUGAUGUCAUCAUCACGCGCCAGAUUGCCCCAGAUAAGGAUUCCCGUGAGAGAGGCUCACAAAGCUCUGACUCCUCCAGCAGCAUGUCAUCCAGUCGUUAUGAUGCUCCGGGUGGAAUUGAGGUGAUCAGCCCUGCUAACUCUCCAGCCCUGAGAGAAGAGAAGAACGAAGGAUCUUUCCCAUCAGAAAAGAGCUCUCAGCCACACACAGGAUUAAGGUUUGACAUUAACCGGUUCAGGCAGUCAGGAGAUUCAGGACCUUCUGCCCCUCAGCAGCCCCCCUCCUCACAAGCAGAUAGUUAUGGACCCGUCCCGAAAACACACCGCAUCAUGACCCUCGCCGACCACAUUUCACAUAUCAUUACACAGGACUUUGCCAAGAGCCAAGAUGCUCCCCCAUCAUCCAGCUCACUGCCUUCCUCUUCAUCCUCCUCCUCCUCACUCUCCUCCACAUUCCAGAGCUCAGGUGUGGGAGGUCGAGUAAAAGCCCCUAACCGCUAUAGUCCAGAAAACCCAGCUCCUAUUGCACACCACCAGAGACCACCAAGCAGAGUCUCUCCCGAGAACUCCUCCGAUAAACAAAGAGCAAGGCCAGGUAGGUCUCCUGAUCGAGGACGAGGACCAGAGAACUAUGAGCCCAUCUCUCCUCCUCAGGGUUAUUCUGGGUUGGAUAAACAGGAGGCCAGGGUGCUGCAGGGCCAGAGACGAGAGCAGGAUCUCCCUGAACAGAGGACUGACUCUCGCUCCCCAGGCAGCAGCAGUUACCUGCCCUCAUUCUUUACCAAACUGGAGAGCACGUCUCCUAUGGUUAUGUCCAAAAAGCAGGAGAUCUUCCGCAAAGCAGAAGUCGGUAACGCUCAGCCAGGCACAGAGAUCUUCAAUCUCCCAGCAGUAACAACAUCAAACAGUGUAAACCCUAGAAACCACUCGUUUAGUGAUCCAGCCAGUAACCUGGGUCUGGAGGACAUCAUCAGGAAGGCUCUGAUGGGGAACAUGGAGGAGAAGCAGGAGCAGCAGCAUCAGCAAGCCCAGCUGGGGACAGAAAACGCCUCAGGCAGUAUUUCAGACAGCCGACAGGAGGCCAGCCCAUCCCCUAACACAGCAGGAAAACAGAAGCUGCAGAGUAAAGCUAACAGCAGGAAGUCAAAGUCACCUAACCCAGGCCAGGCGUACUCUGCCGUAGAGCGGCCCUCUUCUGUGUCCUCCGUUCAUUCAGAGGGCGAUUACCACAGACAGGCUCCCACAUGGGCUUGGGAGGACCGGCCAUCAUCCACAGGUUCCAUGCAGUUCCCUUAUAACCCCUUGACGAUGCGCAUGCUCAGUACUACCCCUCCCACCUCCAUGGCUAGCCCAUCUCCCUCCAUGCAGUCCCAGCAGCAGGCGCAGGGUGGCGGCUCUGGCCCCGUGACCCUGACUCGAGCAUGGGAGAGAGAGCCCCCGCUACUGUCAGAGCAGUACGAGACCCUCUCAGACAGCGACGACUGAGGCAGGUGAUCCACGCCUCACUCC